GGGCAUUGGGGGACGCCGGGCGGGCCGGCUCUGGCGGGCUGUGGUGGACGCGUGACGGCAGCGCGGGGACCCCUGAAAGCAGAGCGGCCGGGCGCCGGGAAGUGUAGCAGGCCGAGCCCCCUCUGGCCGCGCCAUGCCCGGUUGGAGGCUGCUGGCUCAGGCCGGCGCGCAGGUGCUGGGCCGCGGCCUGGGCGGCCUGGGCGCUGCCCGGGGCUCGGGGAACAGAACAGACAUCUGGCUUUUGGUUAGAAGUCUCCAUGGCAAGAGUGGUACUUGGUGGGAUGAGCAUCUUUCUGAAGAAAAUGUUUCGUUCAUCAAGCAGUUGGCCUCUGAUGAAAAUAAAGCCCAAUUAGCAAGUAAACUGUAUCCUCUGAAAGAUGAACCGUGGCCUAUUCAUCCGUGGGAACCAGGUUCCUCUAGAGUAGGCCUUAUUGCCCUGAAGCUGGGCAUGAUGCCUCUAUGGACCAAAGAUGGUCAGAAGCAUGUGGUCACAUUACUUCAGGUACAAGACUGUCACGUCCUAAAAUACACCCCAAAGGAAAACCAUGAUGGAAAAAGGGCAGCCCUAACUGUAGGAGGAAAAACUGUAUCACGUUUCCAUAAAUCUACAUCUGUAUUGGAAUUUUACCAAGAACUUGGAUUGCCGCCAAAACAGAAAGUUAAAAUCUUUCAAGUAACAGACAAUGCUGUAAUUAAGCCAGGCACACCUCUUUAUGCUGCUCACUUUCGCCCAGGACAGUAUGUGGAUGUCACAGCCAAAACUAUUGGUAAAGGUUUUCAAGGUGUCAUGAAAAGAUGGGGAUUUAAAGGCCAGCCUGCUACUCAUGGUCAAACAAAAACCCACAGGAGACCUGGAGCUAUUUCAACUGGUGAUGUUGCGAGAGUCUGGCCUGGAACUAAAAUGCCUGGACAAAUGGGCAACAUACAUAGAACAGCAUAUGGACUGAAAGUGUGGAGAAUAAACACAAAGCACAAUAUAAUCUAUGUAAAUGGCUCUGUACCUGGACAUAAAAAUUGCUUAGUAAAGAUCAGAGAUUCUAAACUGCCUGCAUAUAAGGACUUCUGUAAAAAUCUACCGUUUCCUACAUACUUUCCUGAUGGAGAUGAAGAGGAACUACCAGAAGAUUUGUAUGAUGAGAAUGUGUGUCAGCCUAGUGCCCCUUCUAUUACAUUUGCCUAACCUCAUUGGACAGCGGAACCUCACAUAUUCUAUGAGCUUUGAUGAGCCAGAACAAUAAUAUAACCAGGAAUUAAAUUUUCCUUUCUUAGUCACAGCAAUACCACACUUGUCAUCUUUGUCAAGGGCGUAAAUGUAUCAUUUAUCCCCCAACUCAAUUUGUGGUAAAAAAAAAAAAAAAAAUUACCGCAUUAAACAAAUCAGUUAAGUAGACUGGAUAUGUCAAAUUUAGAUGGAUUGGCAAUUUACAUAUUAGCAAAGUCUUUGUAAUAUGUGGGCUUCAUUCUUUUUUUACUACGUAUUUCUCAAGUUAUCUUAAGAUGUUUAUAAAUUUAACUUUUAUUAAAGAUUUGUCUGUCUUUGUGAAGGGGUGGUUGAGGAGCAGUGGCAAACCAUAUGGGGACUAUGACGGUGGUGCAACCUAUUUUGAUAAAAGAAACCAGUUCCUAAAAUUCAUUUUUAUCAGUCUACAUUUUAGAGCCCUAAAGAGAGAAAGGAAGUAAGAUUUUUAUUUAAAUUACAGAAAUAUAUAUGUCACAGUUAAAGACUUGACAAAGGAAAGACAAUAAAAUCAUAUUAUGGAUCCGAUUUA